AUGUCUCUUUCAAAUACUGCUUGUUGCUCUCUUCUUCCUGUAGUUUCAGAUUAUACCCCAAAGGGUUAUAUGACAAAAAUAUCAAACAUUGAUGCAUAUGUAAUAGGCGAUAAUAAAGAACGUACAUUAAUUUGUAUAUAUGAUAUUUUUGGAUAUUGGCCACAAACAAAACAAUGUGCUGAUUUACUUAGUGCAGGACUUGGGGAUGCUAGAAUUGUUAUGCCAGAUUUUUUUUUGGGGAAUCCAUUUCCAUUAGAGUCUUUCCCUCCUAAUACUGAAGAAAAAAGAAGAGCUUUGAAGGGCUUUUUUAAUGGCCCUGCUAAUCUAGAAAAAAAUUUAGAAACUGUAGGCAUUAUUAUUGAAAAUCUCAAAAAAGAUGGCGCAAAAUCUCUUGCAAUAUUUGGCUUUUGCUGGGGAGGAAAACUUUCAGUUCUUAGUGGAGGAUGUUAUAGCGAUAAAAUCAAUAGCGUUGCUAUGAUUCAUCCUGCUAUGGUUGAUUCUAAUGAUGCAGAUAACUUAAAAGUCCCAAUAUGUAAUAUUAUAAGCAAAGAUGAGCCUCUCGACGAUUGCAAUACAUUUGAAGAAAUAAUUAGAACAAAGCCAUUCUCAAAAGAUUGUAUUUUUAAAACUUUUUCGACAAUGCACCAUGGAUUUAUGGCUGCACGUUCAGAUCUGACUAAUAGUGAAAAUGUUGAAAAGUUUCGUGAGGGUAUUAAAAUCCUUAUCAGUUUUUUCUCUAACACAUUAUAA